CGCAUGGCUGGUGACCGAUGCAAAUCGUUGCAGAACUAAAUACAUUUUUGAUUAGUUGAUAGGUUGCUAAAAGGUUUAGUUCAUUCGUCCUGCAGUCAUUGGAGGUAUAGUUGGGAAUGAUGGAGAGAUAACGGCAUUUGUUUUCUAUCUUUUCGAUAUCUAGUACAUAAGCCAAUUUCAACAGGGGUUUCCUCAUGUGUUUUUUUCCUGCCUUCGAAAUUAGUUUUGUACAUAGAGUCCUAGGAAAACCCCCCAGACCUCGUCUAUCUCACUCACCGUCAUCAGCUUCAAACUGCAGUGGUCGCCGUCACCAGUCUAACUAUUUAACGUCUAAAUUGAAUCAAAUUACACAAAAUCAAUGCGGUAUUAAAAUAUCUAAAAAUGACUCUGUAAAUAUCAAAUGUUCUAAACAUCAAGAUAGUGAAGAUUCUAUUUCUGUAACUAGUCAAGAUGACAAUGAUGACGACAACUAUGAUGUUCAAAAGCUGUACGACAUAGGUAACCAAAGACUUACUUACAAUGAUGAUGACGGUGAAGAGUUGGAAGAAGAAAAGGAAGAUAGUAAAGGAUACCUUGCUAAAAAUCAAAUAUCGCAGUGGAUUGACCAAAUAUUAGAACCCAAUAAAAAUUUUAAUAGUUUAUCUGUUAAUUCUGCUAAAUUCAACCAUAAUCAGAAACCAGAAGCAGUUUAUUCUCAUAUAUCAAAUCCAGAAGAUGAUAUUUUAGCACAAUGGCGUUUACGUCGUCGUAUGGAACAAGCAAGAAUGGAAAUUUCCAAAGAAUCUUACCCUCGAUCUAAUGACUUUACACAAUUAGCGACAUCAUUUUCAAGUAUAACUAUACCUCAAUAUCCACAAUUUCCUAAUCAGAAUAAAACGUCUUAUAAUCUACCACCAUUAUUUCAAUCAACAUUUGAAUCAAACAAAACUUUUCCAACUAAAAUUCACAUUAAAGAUACAAGUGUUCAAUGUGAUAUUUUGAAAAACUCGUCAACUAAUGAUUCACAAAUUCAAACAAAUCAAAGUGUUCUUAAUGCUUCAUUCAACUGUUUAAAAUCAAUCAAUUUAUUUAAUGAAUCGAAUAUACAUGAUGUUGGGACAACGACAGAUGGGAUUAUUUCUGAAAUAGGUUUAAAAGCAAAACACAAAUCUAUUCGUGUUAUGGUUCGACCACAAUCAAGAAAUGUUAAACUUCAAACACCAGUGAAUAUGAUACCAUCUAAUAUAAAAAAUAGUUCAAACAAUCGUCCCAUGAAUAAAAACUUGUGCAUAUCUGUGGAUAAAAUAUUUCAUCAACAGCACCAACAGACAACAACUAUGACUAUGACCAAUGAUACUACCAUUGCUGAUAACAAUACACUAGUGGAUUAUAAUCCUCGCAUCCCUCAAUUUUUACCAGUUGAUAUCUCUGAAAGCGCUCAAUCAAUUGAAUCUGACAGUUGGAUAUGGCCUGCAACUCCUCCAUCAAUAAAAAAUGAUAAGAAUUCAAAUUACUUAAUAACUAGUACUUGUGAUAGUCAUAUUGGACACGCAAUGGAUUAUCAACAACACCAUACAUCCCACUCGUCUGAAAAAAUAUCAAAUCAAACCUUUACUCACCUACCUGGUCCUACGUCUACUGAAUUUACAUCCAGUAAAUCUACUUUCGAUAAGGAGGUUCAAAUAGGUUUGACAAUUGCGCGCUAUAUGGAGGAAAACUUGAAUAAUGUGGAAGAACCUGAUGAAAGGUUCCCUGAGGAUGAAAUUUUGCACGAUCUACGAAGACGUCGAACUAAUUGUAUUUUGAAGAUGAGAUUGGUUAUGGAGCAAAUUCAUGAACGAGAAGCCCAACUGUUGAACAAUUCAAACAAAUUAUAUUGAAUAAUUCCUUCUAUCUGUACUCAUUUUUGAUACACAUAUAUGCCUUA